AUGGUUGUUAAUGGGUCUACUCUUAACGGAGAUCCCUGGGGCCGCUAUAACGAGUACGAGCACCAGUACAAGCCUUUCCAGUCCCGCAGCGCCCAUCUGAAACAGACGGCUCGUGCGGUCAUGGAUGCGACGAGGAGCGCGGCGCGAGAGGCGUGGGGAAGAGGCGCAGAAGGAUUCAGUGCGGUAGUUGACCGAGCCGUGGGUUGGGCGCGCGAAGGAGGCACGUGGCGGUGGAUUGUUCUAGGAACUACCUCAGCGACUCUCCUCUCGCUGCUCGCCUGCACAGCCGUGUCCCUCAUCGUCACCGUCGCUCUCACCACUGCUGCGCUCGUCGUCUGCUGCGCCUCUGCCAUUGCGGCUGCUGCUCUCUUCCUCUUCCUCAUGCUCUUCGGGGUUACUGCUGUGCUCUGUGUUGCUGCGUCUGCUGUCGCCUGCACUGCCAUGGUUGUAGCUUCAGUAGCAAUCAUAUGCAUUCUCUUUGCUGCUGGAACGGCCCUGUCAGCAUGUGCAUGGUGGUGGGUGUUCACACAUGUCACCUCUGCCCUGCGCUCUUCUGCUGCUGCCACCAAAAGCUACAUCCUGCCUGCUCCCCACACUGCCACCCACACUGGUGCCCGUGCACAUGCUCAGAGAAUUCCCCUGGUAGCUGGAGCAGCUGCUUCAGAGAAAGGUGUGCCGGCAGCAGUAGUGGGAGAAGAAAACAACGAGACUUCGCCUCCACCUGCAGCAGCAGCAGCAGCAGCAGCAGCAGCAGCAACAGAGGCAGCAACAGAGGCAGCAGUGUCAGCAGGAGCAGCAGGAGCACUUCCGGAAAUGCCAUUGGGGUUACAGCCAAUGUAG